AUGAAGACACAGCGGGCGGCGAAUAAGGCCGCCACGGUCAAGAAGCGCAACAGCAACAACAACAAACCCAAGACGGGCGCCGCGUACAAGGUGGACACUUUCACAGUUCCCGAGAACCCAACCCUCGACGACAUCAAGCACGCCGUCGGUCUUCAAGAACUUGACGCACGCGUCAAGGAUUCGAAGGAAUCAUGCUGGGAAACAGAGUCCUUGCUCGAAGACGCUCUCGCAGAGCUGGGCGAUGCCAAACUCUCCUCGGUUGAUCCCGACACCUGCACGCCUGACGAGGCCAUGGUCCUGCGCCACCAACUGAGAGCACUCGGUCCCGCAGAAUUCUGUAGAAGGACCGUUGAUGCCGGCGCCUACACAGCCAAGAAGUUGCUGUCGGCCUUUGGCAUCAAACCACCGCCAUUCCUCGAGGGCGCCGAAGAUGAGGCCUACUUCAGUAUUUUGUCGCUCGCAAUCAGCCGCGAGUUGUCAAAACGCGCCAAGCUUUUCCGUUACAACACGGUCGAGGAUGCUGUCGAGCUGCUGAACAAGAGUAAAAACAUCAUUGUUCUCACUGGUGCCGGCAUUUCCACCUCGCUCGGCAUUCCCGACUUCCGCUCAAAGGGUACCGGUCUCUACUCACAACUCGAGCACCUGGGUCUCAAUGAUCCGCAAGAGGUCUUUGACAUUUCGGUCUUUAAGCAAGACCCGACAAUCUUUUACACCGUCGCCAAGGACAUCCUGCCGUCAACUAACCGCUUCACCCCAACCCAUGCAUUCAUCUCAAUGUUGCAGAAGAAGGGCAAGUUGCUCACCAACUACACUCAGAACAUCGACAACCUCGAAGCCAAGGCUGGUAUCUCUCCCGACAAGAUGAUCCAGUGCCACGGCUCUUUCGCGACUGCCACCUGCGUCCAGUGCGGGUUCAAGUGCGUCGGCGAUGAGAUAUUCCCUGAUAUCAAGGCAGGCAAGAUUCCGCGGUGUCCCCAGUGCAUCAAGUCCCUUCGUCCCAACGGCAACACGAAGCGCAAGCGCUCUGCUGGUACCGAGAGAAAGCGACGUCGCUUCAGCUCCGACGACUCAACGUCCGACGAUGAGUACGACAUGCCUAGCGUGGGUGUCAUGAAGCCGGACAUUACCUUCUUCGGUGAGGCUCUGCCGGACGAGUUCAGCAGACGGUUGACGGAGCACGACCGCGACAAGGUUGACCUAGUCAUUGUCAUCGGCACAAGCUUGAAGGUGACGCCGGUAUCAGAAAUAGUGAGCUGGCUACCGGCAAAUAUCCCUCAGAUCUACAUCUCCCGACAAGCCGUCAACCAUAUCAACUUCGACAUCGACCUCUUGGGCGACUGCGAUGUUGUGGUUUCGGAACUGUGUCGUCGCGCGGGUUGGCCUCUGCAACAUGAGAUGGUUCCCGAGGACCAGGUCGUUGAGGUGAAGCCCGAAGGCAGUUGCGCGAGCAGACAUGUCUUCGAAGUCGUCAAGCCCGAAGUUCCGCAGGUGAAGGAAGAGCCCGUGAAGAAGCAAAGGGUGAACUUCGUGAAGCCGACGAAACCCGCGAAACCCACCAAGCCGGUGAAGCCUAGGAAGUCUACCUAA